GCACAACAAUAUUUAGGAACAAGGACCUGAAUUUUAUAAAUCGGUAUCGCCAAUUGGAAGCCUGUAGUGGAAAGCCAGUUUCAAGAUACGAUCAUGAAUAAUAUCAUUCUUAAAUCUUCAAAGCUUUGUCUUCUUUAUUCAUUGCUCUGAACUUGACCUCAGUUUUUGAACAGAAACCGCCUCAGAAUGCUGGCUUUUGCUGCUGACAAACAGAAAUCAUGACCCUUUACAUGCCCUUGUUCAGAUCAUGCACUACUUUAAGAACUCUAACUCAACUCCAUGCCCACCUUUUGGUUACUGGCCGUCACAAUGACCCACCCGCCUCCACUAGGCUCAUUGAGUCCUAUGCCCAAAUGGGUACACUCCAAUCGUCGAGGCUUGUCUUUGAAACCUUCACAAAACCUGAUUCUUUUAUGUGGGCCGUCGUCAUCAAGUGUUAUGUGUGGAACAAUCUCUUUGAAGAAGCCAUUUCACUCUACCAUAAAAUGAUAUGCAAGCACGGCCCUAUUAGUAACUUCAUAUAUCCAUCGGUUUUGAGAGCUUGUUCUGGUUCUGAUGAUCUGGGUAUUGGUGGAAAAGUUCAUGGAAGGAUAAUCAAGUGUGGAUUUGAUAAUGAUGAUGUUAUUGAGACUUCACUUGUUUGUAUGUAUGGUGAAAUAGGCUGUUUAGACGAUGCUAGGGAAGUGUUUGACAAAAUGUCGGUUAGAGAUGUGGUUUCCUGGAGUUCCAUCAUUACAUGUUGUGUUAACAAUGGAAAGGUUGAUGAAGGGCUCGAUAUACUUCGACUGAUGAUUGUUGAAGGUGUUCAACCGGAUUGUGUGACGAUGCUUAGUGUGGCUGAGGCUUGUGGCCAAUUGUGUGUUCUGAGACUAGCGAGGUCUGUUCAUGGUCACAUAUUACGGAGGAAGAUUAAGAUUGAUGGACCAUUGGGCAAUUCUCUCAUUGUAAUGUAUAGUAAAUGUAAUGAUUUGUCAAGUGCCGAGACUGUUUUUUUCACGGUUGACAAAAGUUGUACUACUUCAUGGACAGCAAUGAUUUCUUGCUACAACAGAAGUGGUUGUUUUUGGAAAGCUUUGGAUGUUUUUCUCAGGAUGCUCGAGGUUAGAGCGGAACCCAAUUCAGUAACCUUGUUGACUAUAAUAGGUUCAUGUGCCGGGUUAGCCUGGCUUAGAGAAGGGAAGUCAGUUCAUUGUCAUAUUAUUCGAAAAGCUAUGGAAUCCGAGUCUGAUUAUUUGGGGCCAACAUUAAUCCAAUUUUAUGCUGCAUGUGUUGAAUUGAGCAAAUGUGAAAAGGUUCUUCAUUCACUUGGGGAAGACAAUAUCAUAUCAUGGAAUAUGCUCAUAUCAGAAUAUGCUCAGAAAGGAUUGGUGAAUGAAGCAUUAGCAGUCUUUGUACAGAUGCAGGCACAGGGUCUGAUGCCAGACUCAUUUAGUUUGGCAAGUUCUCUGUCAGCUUGUGGAAAUGUGGGUUUUUUGCGCCUUGGGCUUCAGAUACAUGGUUAUGUCAUCAAAAGAGACUUUUCAGAUGAAUUUGUCCAGAAUUCACUAAUUGAUAUGUACUCGAAAUGUGGUCUUGUGAAUUUAGCAUGGACAGUAUUUGAUGGGAUCCAACAGAAAAGCGUUGUAAACUGGAAUUCUAUGAUUUCUGGAUUCUCCCAAAAUGGAUUUUCAGUUGAAGCAAUCAGUCUUUUUCAUCAAAUGUAUUUGAACAGUCUUCAGAUGGAUGAAGUGACCUUCUUAGGUGUUCUUCAAGCUUGCUCCAAUUUGGGUCAUCUUAAAAAGGGAAAAUGGGUUCACAGCAAGCUCAUCUGCUAUGGCAUAAUGAAGGAUAUUUAUAUAGAUACAGCAUUAACUGACAUGUAUGCAAAGUGUGGAGACCUUCAAACGGCUCAAAGAGUCUUCAAUAGCAUGUCAGAAAGGAAUGUGGUAUCCUGGAGUGCCAUGAUUGCAGGUUAUGGAAUGCAUGGUCAGCUACAGACUGCCAUCUCACUCUUCAAGCAAAUGCUAGAAUCAGGAAUAAAACCCAAUGAAUUUACCUUCACAAACAUUUUAUGGGCUUGCAGUCAUUCAGGUUCUGUGGAAGAAGGGAAGUUUUAUUUUAACGCGAUGAAGGAUUUUGGAGUUGAGCCAGAUUCAGAACACUAUGCUUGCAUGGUUGACCUUCUAAGCCGCAAUGGUCAUGUCAAUGAAGCAUAUCGAAUGAUCCACACAAUGCCAUUUCCUGCUGAUGCUAGCAUUUGGAGUAUUCUUCUUAAUGGGUGCAGAAUACAUAAAAGAACAGAUAUGAUCAAAAUCAUUGAAAAAGACCUUUCAGAUAUUAGUACAAGUGAUGCUGGGCACUAUACUUUAUUAUCUAAUAUAUACGCGGAAGAAGGAAACUGGAAUAAAUUUGGGCAUGUGAGGUCAGUAAUGGAUGGUUUUGAUGUACAGAAGGUCCCUGGAUACAGUAGAAUUGAGCUUGAUACUGAGAAUUCAUUGGUUUAGAGCUGGUGACAUAUUUGGAAGACUGAAGAAAUAUGCAGAAUUUUGGAAAAUUUUCAAAUCGGCACAUGAAAAAAUUAAUACAGCUGGAAGCUGGCAAUUGUUUUUGAAAUGAACAAUACCAGUAACAUCUCCCAUUUUCUUCUGAUUGAUGAUUCUUUCCCCGAAGUUGUUCAAUUCAAACUUAUAGGUGCCGCAUUUGUCUCAGAAAAUGUUGACUGGGUUUCGUCAUUUUAUUUAUGGAACUUGAAUCUUGUCAAGGUUAUAGAAGUUCACCUGGUUACUCCCAAAUCUCCAUCAAAGAAACAAUGACAGAAGACAGAUUAUGUCGGUCUUAUUCUGAUGUACUUUCUACUAUGGUAUUUACGCAGAUUUACAAGUAAAUAUCUCAGAAGAUAUUUACGCAGGGAUGAGUAAAUAUCUUCUGAGAUUUACAAGUAAAAAUUACGUGCAAGAAUAGAGUACCUGGACUUGUAGCAUUUCGCUGCUGCUGCUGCAGCUGCAAAGAGUUUCUUAUUCCUAUUUAAAUGACAGCUUUCACAGAUGUACCCAAGUAUAAUGCUUUGUGUCACUACUGAAAGAAAAUCAGUGGACUCUAUUCAAGAGCACACUUAAAACUUUGGUUGAUUAGUUUGGUUUAACAUGAUUAUCUCAGUUCCAUGGUU